AUGUCCAGCCCUCCACCGAGUUCUUCCCACCCGCCGCCGCGGCACUCCGACAUCCCCGCCGUUCUCUCCCCGGCGGAGAUCACCGCAGCCCUCCGCGAUCUCACCACUGCUGUCCAGGAGAUCUGCCUCUUCCUGGCCGGUCCCUACGGGCCGCCGUCGCCGGCGACGCUGCUGCUGUCGUCGCCACCACCCGACGUCGGGCUGCUGCAGUCCCCGCUUCCACUGUCCACCAUCUCCGGGCCGGGCCAUACCUCGGCGCUGGGGGUCCCUCUUCUCCAGCAGUCGGCCGCCUUCUUCCCCACCGGGACGCUACAGCAACAGCAGCAGCUAGCGCCUCCACCAACACCGCCGCUGCAGCUGCUGUCCUCACCGACACUGUCCCUGCCGUUCGGUGGGCAGCUGCAACAGCAGCAACUGUUGUCGUUGCCACCAACACCGCAGCAGUGGCUGCUGCCGCCACCGACACCAUCUUUGCCUUUCGGCGGUGUGGGAGCAACCUUGGCCCCGGGCUCUACAUCGACACCGCCUGGGAUGCCCUUCCACCAGCCUGCAGCGCUGCUCGCGAUCUGCACCUCAGCGCCUCUGCUUGCGGGCUGGCUGGCCGAGCGGCGAGUGGCUGGCCAAACAAUCGAGUGGAUGCCGGAGUACUGGAUGGAGGAGGCAGCAGCCAGGGGAGCCGGGGAGGGGGCGAGAGAGAUCUGGGCAGGAGCAGCCAGCUGCCGGAGCUGGCUCUUCGUUUCCGCCGGAAAGAAGUCGAGGCCUCACGGGACUGCGCCCUGCUAG